GCUGAGCCGGCUAUUGAAAUAAAGCUAAAGCAGCAAUUCUGGGAAAUUGACCUGCCAGGUACCGAUUUACUUACUACCUGUUUUUUAAAGAUUAGGAAUAGUUGAAUAAAUCUUACCACCUUACUGAGUGCUAAACUGUAGUAAAAUGAACAUGAAGUGAGUUCCCUAGCCUGAGGGUCAUUUCCUCUUGCUCUCAUAUAUUUCUUGAACAAAAUUGCUUCACUACGUUAUUUUUACUGAAUAACCCAGAACGCUUUACCUGCACCGUUAAGCAAUGUAAAGCAAAAUCAAACAAACAAGACAAUCCUAGUUACUGUCGUGUAAACAGACUUUUCAUGUACCGAACUUAACACCUAUUUAGGCCGACGACCCAAAUGACACAAGUUCGACGGUUGAUUCAGACGUAGGAACUUAAUAAGUCGGUCUCAAUUCAUUGUCACGAUGUACAAUGGUCUACAAUACUUACCAGUGAUAAUAAUUUAUUAGCGAUUUAUGAAUUAGGUUCAGUACAUGAAAACUUCCACGUUGGAACUGGGCCUAAUAGCUGUCGAUACUAAAUGGGGAAAAGAAAAGUGAAAAUUGUUGGGAAAAUUUAACUAAUGAGGGUCCGUAGCUGCAGACAAAGCAAAGAAAGGACGGAAAGAUGUUGACUCCGUUUAAUUACUGGCAGGUUAUUGCAAUGGCUCAGGAAUUAAUAAUAAAUUUAACAAUGUUGUUUUAGUUCAUUUCCUUGUUUAUAAUACUUCAUGGCAUUUUGUAUUUAGUUUAAGGAGCUCUUUAGUGGUAUAGUACCUACCGAAUUUAAGUUCCAAGCGUGGGUUAAAGACCCAUUUGUAUACAUCUAUCAUUCGCACUCUCAGUUUGUAGCUGAUUCCAUUGCAGCCCUAUAAGGCCCAUAAUCCGUGUUCGUCAACUGCCAGAUCAACAUGAGUGUAACCACCCCACUGGUAAUGGGUCUUCUAUCGCCGAACCAGCCAAGCCUAUCUGUUUUUCCUCACGCUCAGUCUGCAGAUUGACGAUGUUGUUCGUACCCGCUCUGUCAUGCAACAACAAAAAAUACCACCUGACCAAGCUAGCAUCAGGUUUGAUAUGAACUUACAGAACUUUAAAAAGACUUUAGAUAUUUUUUCUCACCGCAGAUAGAAAGAAAACGUUCCGAAGAAUACUUAGUUUUAAAAUUGGCUGUAGAAAGACAACUUUGAGCGAUUUCUUGCCUCGAGUUCAUCUUUGAGAAAAGCAAACACCGGGGAGCCGGCUUAAAACAUAAACUUAAGCCUUAAGCGUGAAGACUCAGGAUUUUUAGAGACACUUUAAUACUUGUCUUCGUGGAUGAAAAUUGUUGUCUCUGUAAAUGUUUCACCAAAUUACAUUUCUUUUAUUGAUUGUUAGUAGUCUCUCUUGCAAUUUUAAUCGCUGUGCUGUUUGUUUUCAGUCGUUCAUGAUCGCUUGCAGGAGUACUCAAAAUGCCGCGCGUAUCAAACGCUUUUUAAGAUUACACAUCGUUAUAAAACCAUUGAAUAAAAACAAUAAACAUGAUGUAUUCUUUAUUAUGUUGAAGCGUAACUCUAUUAAUGUUCACUGCAAAAUUGCGCUCGUCAAAUGUGAGAAACGGCUGGCCGUAUAGGUGAUUUUGGGAAUUUUUUGAACGGUUUCGCGCUAAAAGCCCAGGAUUGAUCGUCCUGAAUAUUGACUGAGUGCAAUUUGUCUUGAAAAAUUGUGAAAUACUGCAUUCUGUCCUAGGUCUGUAUGAUAAAUAGUACUGUUUCACCUCAGAUGUGAUGUAUAAAAAGUAUUAAACGUUGGUUUAUACACCCCCAGAUUUGUUGCCAACAUUUUGUAAAGUACACUUGUCGAACCCAAAAAAUUCGGCCUGAUUUGUUUUCCAGGCCUACUCUACGGUGAUCAAGAGCCUUUAUGGCUCUUGAAUGGGAUCGAAGAUGAUUGCUGUUUUUUGGGUGUAAUUAUAAGGCUAUCAACUCGAUGUAAGAUGUUUCACUAUAAAAUCACUUUUCCCUCAAAAGUCACGGGAAUGUGCCCUUAAGUUAACUGAUUUGUGGAUUACAAGUUUAUUGUUUGAUUUAAAUUAUAAACUUAUUAAUGGGAGCUUCGCUUUUAGACCUAAAUCGAUCUUUUUACAGUGCAAACUUGUAGGAAAACUGUCAUGUCUGUCAAGUUUAUGAAAACACAAAUACAAAAACACUGAAUCUAUUUAUUGGCAUGUUUACUUUCAACGGAGAAAAUCGCGCUGCUGAAUAAUGUUUACAAGUGAGGGAAUCGUCUACGCUUAACUUUAAUUUUACUUAAUUCCGAUCAAAAAGAGAUUUUUCAAAACAUACUACCAAAUCAUCCAAUUUUUCUGUUUUUUGUUGUUUUUGCGAUUGAAAAAAAUUAUGAAAGCCUUCAUUAACUUGAUUGUUGUACUCUUACACUAUCAUUCAAUACGAAGCCUACCUGUUUAAUAUUUGGUGUGCGACACGUUGAUGAUGCUUGAAAAAGCCACGUUGACUAACUUUCACUUGCCUUUCAAAAUAAUAUACAAAAUAAUGGCAUCCCUUAGUUUAUAGCUGAUUUCGGAGUAAUAAAUCAUUUUUCUUGUUUUUUUGUUUAAGCCCUUAGCUAGGACUAUAUGCCAGAUUUUGGUUGCUGUCUUAUUAAAGGUGGAAAAAAAGAAAAUAUGCCCCAAAUGUUAGGGAGAUCGGCCACCAUUUCGUGUUUCUCUCAGUCUCGUCAUCUCUGGCUAAGUUACGUGGUGCGUCUAGUUGAGGGGACGAUUACUAGUGUUUGCGAAUGUUUCGAAAUCUUGUAUACUUCUCAUCAUAUGGAUAAGCGAUAACCUUAGCAAGAAAUAGUCAAAAUAUGCUGGUUGUACAAACCAAAUAAUUGUUCCUUUUUUGUAGACAAUAAAGCUAGUCGAAAUUUAUCCUAGACUAGAUUCCGCUCAAUUAAUUUUAGUUUUCUUUCAAGAAAGCUUUCUGAACUUCUUUUUGAUUAACUUUAUAAUCGUAAACUUUAUUUACUUAAGCGUCCAUGAAUUAUCUACAAUUACCCAUAAGUCGGCUUUUAUGAGCGACAAAGCCGCAAGAGCCAGCGCGAAGCGUCAUAGGCGUUAAGGUUAUUUUUUCAUAGCUUCUGUAGACACCAGACUGAAGCUGACGUGCAUUAAUUUUUGGCUUCGACGAGUACCCAGUUAGUCCUGGCGAACUAAAGACCCUUAGUUCAGAGAAACCGUUCACGCUCUAGCGCGAGCUUCUAGGGGGGGGGUCCGGGGGUAUACUCUCCCGCAAGAUUUUGAAAUAUAUUGUCUCUGAAAUAGCAUUUUCAUCCUUCCCAUGCAGUUAAAUUUAACCUGACAUCAUAUUCCUGUUUUCUUCCCCUCCCCCCCCCCUGCUGUCUCUCUCACCUCAACAUUAAUAAACCAAGUCCUAUAGUACUCCAGUGGGGGCAUAUUUGAAUCAAAACUUUCUUCCAGAUUAAUAAUCGGUUAAGUUUUUGAACGCUAGAGUUAACUGUGCUCAAAGAUUGUUUCAAUCAGAAAGAACCAGAAGUUGUCAGAGCCACAAAACAUCAGAAUUUCACUUUGUAAAAUGCUGAAUAACUGAAUAGUUCCAUUUGAAAGUAUUGCCAGAGGUUUUGAAUGGUAACAUGUCCACAGACACAAAAGUCACCGAAAAACCUCAUGACUUCAUUAUUUACUCCCACCUAAUUUCUAGGUGCGUAUAUCAAAGCUCAAACUGUGAGAAUUUUUUGAGAAGUGUCAUAACCCGCGACACAAGAAAAUGCUCAUUAGAUUUUUUCCAAACACACAGACGUUAAAAAAGGUUUUGAGCACGUGAUACUGCUGCCUCUAAUAUAGUGCAGAAAUUACAUCUUAACUAUAUUCUCUCUACAUGUAUUGUCUCUAAAAACUGUUUGAAAACUAUAAAACAGUAUGUAAUAACUUAAAGGGCCUAUGAACACGCCGUGUAAAUAGUGUAAUGCAGUGCCCAAAACUUCCAUGAGUGUUGCCAGAUUGUACUAAAACCGAAUUCACAUCGGCAUGGUCACGUGCUCCGUCAAAAUUCCGUGUUUGAAAUAAGGCACUUUGGCAAAUGAUACAUAGAACCUAUUGAAGUAAUUGUACGUUAAGUUACUAUUUCAACCAGCUAAUUUGUUCCGUUCUUUAUUCAGCUGUGGCAGAUGAUUGUUUCACACCUUCAUUCAUUGCUGUGAAUUUUUCUAAGAGGUUGUCAGGCGUUGGUGGCUUUUAGUCACGAUGGAGGUAAUUAAAGAGAAUAUAUUUUGAUUGUGACCGUCAGUCAAUUUGUCAAUUCUUACUUCCUUUUUUUUAUGACCAUAAUAUCCAUAAAAGCUUAAACUGUUUCAAAGGAGCUAAAGGUUGAAUGCGUCGAGAAACAAGCAGUGCCUGUCAGUGCUCUACUCCGGCGGAUAGACCAAUACGGCAAGGAAAACAUUAUAUUAAAACGAACAGCUCGCAUUUGUCCAUCUAUUCUUGAUAAGCUUUAGAUCUUUUAAGGGUCAAAGUUUACAAGACCGGUAAAAUAAUGGAAGGAAUUUUCGUAGUUACACUGUUUUUGUUAGGCCCUGUCUUCUCUUUUCCAUUUGCCAAAUCAUCGGAUGAGGUAGGUUAAAAGCUAUCGAACUUGAAUUUAUAGGGCACAGUCAAAAGAAUUCUUAUCAUUGGUCUGGUUUGUUAAAAUUAUGAGCAAUUUCUGUUUGUCUUGUACUAGCAACUCCCUCUAGCAUCUGUCUCACUUAAUCCCUUAACCCCAGAUGGACCAUAGGCCAACAAGAGAGAAUGAUCUAGCUCAUUCUCUCUUGAGGCCAACAAAUUCAUCUCCCCAUCUUUUUCACUUGUAGCAACUACAUCUUAAUUUAGGUUCCUCCAUAUCUCCCAACGGUACAAAAAAAUAACUAAAAAAACGCAAAAAAAAAAAAGUAAAUAAAUUUGUUGAUAGAUAUUGUUCACAUGCAAACUAGAGAGCCUUUCGUUCAAACGUUAUCAAUUUUACUGCUUUUAUUUUUUACCGCAAAGUCCAUAAAAGUUAUAAUAUUGAUAACGAGUGAGGUAACGUUCUACAACUCUUGAAUUGACGACUGUUCAUUUAACAAUUCCCUGUGUUUAUCUAGGAUGCGCCCCUGCUGAAUUCAGAACUACCUGUGGAAAAUCCAAGUAAAUCAAAACAUAACCCAGGUACAUUUUAAUAAUAUUGCCUUAAACAAAACCGUAUUAACCUAUUAAGGUCAGUGGCCACAAGUAGAAUAGCAGUUUGGGUAACAGUCAAGUUACCACUGUUAGCCUUUUUCAGGCGUCCUGGUGGUGGUCUUAUUUUGUGAAUAAUCUACCUUGUUUCGAAGCAAUGAAAGAAUUAUACAUCGGUCCUGAGUCGAGUUACGUGUUUUUGGACAGAAAAACACUGUCAUGAUGUUUGCUUCGAUCCUCAACAAAACUAUACUUGCGUGCUCUUUAAAGGUACAAAGCAUCCAGAGUGACUCUCGUGAAGGAUAUUGUCCUGGAAACACAACUUAAACUGUGUUGUUACCGGUAACGGAAAGGUUUAUUGCUCUCUUAAGCUUUCGAUAAGCUUGAAGGAGAGACUGGUUAAAAAAAAUCGUCUUGUAGUCUAAGAGAGGACUUGCACUUAACUCAUUCCCUGUCCACAAUUUCACACCGUCCCCUCUAGACAUAAAAGGUCCCCUACGUAGGGAAAAUACGUCUGUAGUGUAAGGUGGUCCUCAUAAUCGGUGUAAUCCCUUAUUUCCAAACGUUAUUUCGUAAGAGCUGGUUGUUCCCUCUAAAUGCAAACGUCGCAAAGACGGAAGGGUUUUUAAAUAAGGCUAACGUUUAUUUUUCUGAUCAUGUACAGAUGGGAAUGUCAACGACAAGAGAAAUCUUUAUCAGUUCCAUAAAAUGAUUGAAUGCUCUACCAACCUAUCAUCCUACCAUUACCUUGACUACGGUUGCUACUGUGGUUACGGAGGAGGUGGCAACGCAGUGGACGAAACUGACAUGUAAGGAAAAAACGAGAAAAAUACCGUGAACUGCAGUCAGUUAUAGGCCCAUCUACCUUUAAACCCCAAUAUACACAUACAAAUUCUUCACCCUCAUAUUCAUACAUUUCCUUAGAGAUCAUUUGAGAGAGCUUAAUAAAAGAUCAAAGCAUUUUCUCUUUGGUGAACAUUUGAUUAAUUCUCAUAACCUUAUCUCUUGACAACGUAUGGAUUUUGCUAGGAGAAAUUUGAUGUUGGUCACUAUUGAGACUUAAAGGGUUAAGCCCCCGGCUGUAAUCCCCCCUCCAAAUGCAUUAAAGUGAAUACGAUUUGUUAUGACGCAUUGAAGCCUAAACAAAAACCAUUAGUGCAAAAUGUGUUUUGAUCAGUGCUGCCAUAACCCGUAUCGAGGACUUUUUACCGUUUCUGUUAAAAUCCCCACCCUCGGAUACAGGCCUCUCUGUAAGCCCUCAUAAAACCCCUAACGAAGAUGUAUAAGCCCAGGGCUUAUAAGUUGCAGUUCAUGGUACUUUGUUUACUUGUAAACAUGGGGAAAAACUAAUUCUAGUGUUCUUUAAACAGCUUAAUUACUUUAAAGGGAACCUCCACUUCAACAAAAAGAUAACUUUAAAUCACAGGAAAUAACUGUUACAGUCAAGUCAAUCUAAAAUAUUUCUAAAGAAAGCGUUUGUAUCCGAAAGAAAUAACUUUUAGAUUCGCUUAUUUUUGUUUUCAAAUUUUGCGGGCGUCGCCAUCUUGAAUAAUUGUGAAGUGUUACGGUAGCCCUAUUGUUAUUAAACAAAAGCUCUUUGUGUCAGAACAAUAGAACAACCGUAACACGUCGCAAUUAUUCAAGAUGGCGUCGCCCGCGAAAUUUGAAAGUGAAAAUAAGCGAUUUUAAAAUUCACUUUUCCUGAUAUAAACACUUUUUUUAAGGACAAAUUUCGAACAAAUUUGUUUAUCAACAUAAUUUUAUUCGAUUUAAACUUAUUCUGUAUUAAGAGUGGAGGUUCCCUUUAAAAGAAAAGGAAGGAAGGGAAAUAUGCAAAAAAUUAAACUAGAAACUAGUUAAAAGCCGCGUGUUUUUAAAAAGGUAGAGACAUGCACCUACAUAAAAAAUCACAUUAUUAUGUUCAAAUAACUUGAUUUCUUGAACGAAAGUUGCUAUGUUUCAUGUAGAGCUGCAGCAUAUUUCCUCUGUUAAACUCAGUGUUCCAAAUCAUGAGUACCGCAUCAAUCUGUGAGGGUGAAAAAUUCGUUGUUUAUAUACUAAAAACUGUCAGUGUAUAUUUAUUGUUAAUGACCACUACACCCUUUUGUCUCGACGUUUACUCUGUAUAUUCCUAUAGCAAAAGCCAUUGGGUGUGAAGAAAGAGAGUCAGUGAAUGUAACUUAUUUUUUAAAAGUUAGGUGCUAGGUUUGCAGAAGCAAUUGGAUGUAGAAACAUUGAGUGAUUCAGUUUCCCUUAUUUAGGUGCUGUAAGAUUCACGACGCAUGUUACGAAGCCAUAUCAAACCACCCAAAUUUGUGUCCCUUCGAAUCCAGUGUUUAUUGGAAAAUAUACUCCAGAGACGACACUUGCACAGGCUGCAGUAAGUUUUGUUUCUGUUCAAAAGUCAUUUGUGGUCUCAGUAUAAUCAUUUACGACGUUGUAAACACGCGCUCAAGGAACUACCCUCUUUAUUGUGAUCUGCUAUGACCUAUGAUCUGCUCUCUCCAAAACCACUAAGAGGGUCCCCAAUGGGGUUCUUCAAUCCCGUAAUCCUUACCCAAAAUUUCGUGCAAUCCCGUAAUCCCGAGGGUUAUUUGGUGCAUUCUAACUCGCGCGCAUACUUUCGGUCCCAAAUCUUGCCCUAUUUUGCUUUGAAAUCCCGAAUUCCGAGCUUCAAAUAACAAGGGAAAUCCUGGAUCCCGAGAAACCUAUUGGGGACCCUCCACUAAAUAUUAAAGCAAAAUUCGAACAGAGUAAAAUUGUUUUACCGCAACCCGUUGGUUAGAUGACUUGACAAUCGAAUCCAAACCGCGGCAUUUUAUAAAGCUAUCCGAGUAUGUGUGUGUAUGGUGAAUCAACGAAUUUUAAUUUCCGUUUAACUUAUUCGUUAACGUUUGAUAGUCUCUCGACCACUAUGUUUAUAAAUAGUACAAUUUUUGCAAUAACUGAGAGAAUCCUUGCGCGCUGAUUGGUCGAGACCUAUGGUCUAUGAGAGUAUAGACCAUGAAAUGACGUAACAUGUCACCAAGUGCCGGUUUCUUUUUUUUUUGUUUGUUUGUUUUUCGUAAAAAAAUAAUAAAUGUUAUUGUAAAAAACAAAUCGACCACGAUGUUUCAUGGUCUCUUAUAGCCCACAGAAAUGACGCCAUAAAUUGUUCAAAACUUUGCAGUGAAACCACUCGCCUGCGGCUCCUGGUUCCACUUGAGCUUUGAACAUUUUAUGACGUCAUUUCUAUGGUAUAUGAGAGUGUAGACCAUGGAAAAUUGUGGUCGAUUUGUUAAAUCUGUUUACCAUAAACCCUUUAAAACGGUUAAGUGUCCUCUAAAACAGAUCAGUGAGAGGUUUCCCUUCAACGCUUUAGCUCUGAAGAAAUGUUAGAGACGUUUAUAUAGUGGUGGCAGAAACUUGCCCCCUACCCCCCCUAGCCCCACUCCAACAAUAUAUUUAAAACCUCUACAAACGUUUACGACUUUGCGGUGCUUAACUUCAUUAAUUUUCAAUCUAACUGAAAUGUGGUAACUUGACCAAUUUUAAAUUUUAAGACCCUCUUUAGAGCUGUUUUGAUGAAUUUUAGCCAACUGGUCCGUCUCAAAAGUUGCUAAAACCGUGAAAGCUUCUAUCAUUGGUGAGUUUUUUACAUAGAAGUCCUUUUUUUCAGUUCUUGGAACUGACUCUGUCGUUUCUUUUUGUUUGUCCUCCCUAUAGCUGACGAAGAAGGGACAUGUGGCCGUGCCAUUUGCGAUUGCGAUGGAGCAGCGGCCCGUUGUUUUGCGCAAGCGCAGUACAAUUCAGAAAACUUUAACUAUCCACAGGAAAAUUGCUGAAUAUUCUCCAGUCAAACAGGAAUGUCAAAUUGAACAAGACAGCGGGCUACGUACUUAUAUCGCUCCUAAAAUAUUAAGCAACAUGAGUGUAGUUUAAAAAACAACUUGCAUUAAACUUCGUAUUCUUAAGACAUAGCUAUAAAAUAGCUAUUGCAAUAGUGUAUGUACUUGUAUUGGUCCUGCAAAUAAAGCUUGUUGUUGUAGUAUACUAAGAUUAAAACUGUGAUAAACUCAAACUAUAGAUAUGCUUUAUACCUUUUCUCCUUUUAAAAUUAUUAACAUAACCUCAACCUCCGGUGCUGCUUUGCCUGAGCUGUUUACUCGGUAAAAAAAAAACAACAACAAACUUCAAUUGGACUAAAUCGCGCUAUAGGCACAAAACCCGUAAAAGCAUUUAUUAUUGGGCUGCCUGUGGCCAAUCGAAAAAUGAGUCGAAUCUAUGUCGAAAAAAGACAAAAAGGCGUUGCGUGUCCUAUUUCCCUUGCAGUGGGACCAACUUCUGAGCGGAGAGGGUCCCUGCGUUUUUACCAUGAAUUCAACGGCAUCCUCCUGGGGACGAGGUUGCCAUGAAUUUUCCAUUCAUUGAAAGCCGUAUCGAGUGAUUUUUUAUAGUUUGUACUCAGUUUUGGAGCAGCUAUAAACUCAGCGUUGAAAAUAUUAGACCACUGCAGCCCAAAACACGGGUAGUAUAGGCGUCUUAUUUAAAAUACACUUCAAUCAAAUCCUUGAAGCAGGGUUUAGCCAUGUAAAAGUGAGGGGCACUAAAACGAAUCCAAUAGCUAACUAUAUAACAUAGGCACGUUAAACGUGCAUGAGCUAUUUUGAAUACUUCGGUGUAACCUUACCAAGAAUGAUGAAUCUACCUUUUUCAUCCUAAAUGUAGAUUUGGUUUUUGUGCGAAACUGGGUAUUGCGCUACAUAAAUGAAAACGCGAAACGCUCAGCUGAGUCGAUCCUCAACCUAUAUAUUCACUUUCCUCUGUCUUUUCCUGUUACAUCUGGUGCAAGUUGAACAAAUUGUUAAAGUAAAAUAAAUUUAUACUCACCAAACGUUGAUUAGAAGGAAAACUCUAAGGUUUCCUCGGAGUUUCUUAAGCCAAAAUGUGACUCAUCGAAUACUGAGUAGUUACGAAAUACAAGGAUUUUUAUAAUUGUGGUAGAUGGUUGCAUCAUCAUAAUUCACGAGGUUUUCACGUGCGAUUCUACUCAGUGAGACAAUCUUUAACUCCGACAACUUAUUUCUUCAUGUUUUAAAAGCUAUUGCUUCUCAAAAGACAAGAGCCCUUUUUAGGGCAUUGGUUACUAAACGAAACAGGUCUUCAUUCGUCCAAGUUACUAUUAUUAUUGUGAAAAGCCAAUCUGCAUGAGAUGUACAGUCACACAGCUGGCACGUGAGAGUGUUGGACUUUGCCCCCUUUCGUGGUUCGUACGUGAGGGAAUUCGAGUUAUCACACAGUAAUCUAGUAAACAGAAUUAUAAAAAUAACUCAUGCACACAAUUUGCAUGUGAAGAUGUUGGUCUUUGGCCCUUUUACAAUUCGUACAUAAAAAAAAAGGCAAAUUGUUUUACUACAAAAUUUUCUCAAGCGAUUUUCAGAAAUCACCUCGGCUUUAUUACAACACCUGCAAUUAAAUUAUGUUUCAUGCAACGUCAAGGUUGAUAGCCUAACAUUUAUUAACUUCCAAGACAAUUAUCAAACUGCUGAAAUAUAUUUCUACUUUUAUCAUGUUACUCCACUCAAUACAACAGUAUCUAAUUAUUGUGUCAACUAGCUUCUUCCAAUUUUAUUCCCUAACGCUACUGCUUUUACUUAAGUUACGCGUCUUUACUAAAUAAAAUACGUUUCAGAAACUAUAAUACUUAGUAUGCAGGAAGGAUGUAUCAUGUUGUUCACUUAUUAUUCUUUUUUUUUUUUGUUUUGCCAGAACGAAAAAGGUCUGUUGAACUUUGUAAGCGAGAGAAUAAUGUUUUUAAAGCUUGUUUACAGGAUUAACAAUACUCGGUACAGGUUUCACAAAAAUAAGCUGCCUUUUUAAACUUCUAAAACCACAUUUUAUAGGGCGCAUACUUUCGAAUUAAAGUCUAUAUCUAAGUAUCAAUUAUUGCUUCAUUGGAAGAGCUUUGAAAAUAUAUGAUCUUUUAUACUCUACCCAGUUGUAGCAGGUGAAACAGAACUCAUACUGACGUGCGUUGUACUCAUAGCCGAAUUAGGUCAGAAAUGCCUUGAAGCAGCAUCCAUACUAAAAUAUGAACCCUUAACGGCAGCUGCAUCAUUGUACACAGCGUUUGAAUCAUGAAGAUAUUUAAUGUAAUUCUUCCAAACACCUCUAGCCGUAAUAAAAGACGAAAAAAUUGUGAAGAAUAAAGAUGGCGGUCUCAAAGUGCCCUUGUUCGACCUUUACCAAUGUCAUGUUUAAGUAGAUGCUAAGAUCUCAUUGGUUCCUAAGCAUCAACUAAUAGUACCUUCAACCUUAUUGGCUCUUGCAACAAACAUCCGAACAUACAAAGUUACAAAGAUACAAAGAUACAAAGAUACAAAGAUACAAAGCCACAAAGAUACAUACGCUCACACCACUGACAUAUGAGCUAUUUUUUCAAAAUAGCUCAAUAAAGGAGUGACAGGGAUAAGGGGAGGUGAGAAUGAAAAGAGAUAAACUCGAACUAUGCUUUUUUCAUAACUGCACUAUUGAAAAGAAUAACUGUGGAGAAAUUGUCGUUUGCAAUUUGUAACCUAUAGCUGAUGGUGAAGCAGAUAUGAUUUCCGAACUGAUUGCUUACAAAAUGUCGAUGCAUUGACACCAGAAAGGGAUUUUCUGCCCGGGUGGGUACUUAACAAAAGUUUGUUCGGGGAGGUUCCGCCUCGAGGUCCACUUCCUUACCCUUUCAUGUACCAUUUUCGACAGAACACGGCACUCCUUUCCUAUACCUUUUUUGUGACAAAUGGCAAAUACCUCAGUUUUACUGACAAAUGGCACCCAUUUCAAAUACUUGUGUAGAGCGCAGCAUCCAUUCUAACUGUUGUCAAUGCAACGUCUUUUAAAUAUGAAUAAAUCACUAAACCAGAAAGUUAUCUUGCUUUUUCCGCAGGCAUAAAAUGCGCCUGAUAGUCGUUUUAGGUCCUCUCGCAGACCGUAAUGACAGUGUAGUGAACCCCCUACCCUUUUAUAUACCUGAGGCCCGAAAAAGGUACCCCUUUCGGGUGGGGCCUCCCUGGUAGGGCAUUUUAGAGAGUACCCCAGGGUAUCAGGUUAGAAAAGUUAAUUAAGCAACCACUAAGGAGAUUUUGCAUAGCCAUGUUUGCAGGGCCCUUUUCUUCCUCCCUCAAGAGAGGACCCUGAUCCCGUCAAGUUACAUCCAAGCUGUGGCACUAUCGAUCUGAUUCUCCUCAAUUACCCGCUCUUUAUUUCGCUACCGUGAUGUCUUCUUGUCAAGAGGAAAGAGUGUCGUUUGAAAAAUGUUUACAGUGCAUCGAGGUAUGCAGUUGCUUCUAAAAAAAACAGUCGAAUUAUCGUAGUUCAGGUCUUUCCAUGGUCGUUUUGAUACAAGUUGAUUUAGUCGAGGAGUAAAUAGUUUCACGUCCUUGCCUUAGAGAACGAGAAAUAUUCACCCCAAAUGUUUCUGGUCUCUCCCAAUUUAUAGCUGAAGUGAUCGAAAUUGUUGUAGUUUCAUUGGUUGAUUUCUUUUAUCGACAUGACCGGUUUCCCUAAUGGUGCUUACAUACACAGGUGGCACAGGUGCUUCUUAUACUGUAGGAGGCAAUAAUUUUGCCCAUUGGUAGAACAAGUAACUGAUGAUUAGUUAACGUUUUAUAAGCACGUUCGAAUUCGUUUGAUUUCUUCUCAGUGACAGUCUCUGGAACGUGGGGGAGGUUCUCAUAGGAAAGGAAAAGAAGUGGAUGUGCUCGUCGGAUAAUUGGAGUAAAUAUCCUAAAGGAAGGAAAACUAGGCGUGGCUCAUUCUUUCCUUGAAUACUGAAAUAUACCAUUGUAAAGUAGACAGCCAAAUAAGAGCUAUAUAGUAAUCUCAAAUCUGAUAAAUAAACUGUCAUUGAAUGCUUUCUUUUUUUUCUUUCCUUCUGUUUCUUUAUUGCUUGAAGUACAGUUCUAAGCGAUACUUGUGUGCGUGAAAAUAUUGACCUUCCAUCUUCAACACCCUAGGUGACAGCAAAAGCUGCAACUUACGCUCAUAAAUACCGAGUAUCCCAGCCCUUUUAAUACAGCGGCAUCAUCGUCUCAACCAGUCCAACCCCGGCAUUCAUUAUAGCGCUCUCAAUAUGAGAAACCAAGAUUGAGAGAUUGUCAAAUCAUUAUCAACUGUCUUAUAUAAAUCUGUUAUAUUAUUUUAUCAUGACCAAUCCCGGCCAGUCUGUGGAGACUGCCUUGAUUGUGUCGCGAAUGUGGCCACCUCUAAACAUGAAAGCAAAUAUGAAUUAGAAAAUAAUUUGGAAAAAAACUGUUAUUUUUUUGUUGCGUGUGUGAUCACUUGUUCCAUUUGCUUUGAUUUUGAGAAAGAAGACCAAGAGGUUGCUGUCAAAAAAAUGCCCAGUAAGUUUUCCCGUUCAGUUUGCGAAACGUAAUCUAGACGCGGAUAUUUUAGAACGGCCCCAAAUGCAUUCCGUCGUUUUUUGCUCAUGGGAGAAAACGAGCAAUUCUUAACAGUUUAUGAGAUGAUAAACUGACGCCACGGUAUAUUCGCGUAUAAUGUUUCAAAGACAUUCAUUUUAGUUUGGUACUGGAUGCAUAAUUGUUGCGUCGUUUGUAUAGAGUGAAGAGAUUCUCUUCAGCUAACUGAAGCUUACGCGUAGAACAAAAACAACAGAAAAGAUAAAAUGGCAUUUUUUGUUCUUAGUCCUAUGUCAAAAAUUUUAAUCUAUUUUAACUUAUAAUUUUUGUGUGUGUCAAAGACCCAAUGUCUGAUAACAUUAGAACUUGUGGUAAAAAGAUUUCACCGCGUUAGUUGAGGGGUUUCCGUGUUACGUGCAUAAUAGAGCGGACUCUCUCUGCUGGGAAUAAUGUGCCCACAUAGCUUUGUGUGCUGUGUUUUUCCCACGGGGUACUUUUGAGAAGUCAAAAUAACGAAACAUUAUUUGAAUAAAAAUUGCAAAUCCAUUAACUCCAUUAGCGUGGUCGUACUAAAACGAGUAAUAAUUACUUUAUUUAUGCUUUCAAACUCUCACGAACUUGUUGAAGUUAACAAAUACUGUUGUUAUUGAAAGACAAAACAAUCAUUUUACCUCCCUUCAGCUGUUAAUAUCUAUCGUUUUGCGUUGUGAUAGGUUGUUCAACUUAUUAUAGUCGAACUGUUCAAUGUACAGUACAACGCGUUCAAAAAUAAAGAGUAAAGCAGCACUCAAACUUGAAGCUCAGAAUGAUGAUUAUUCUAACAGCUUCUAACCUGCGACUGGGAAGCGUUCGUCUGCCUGGGGGGCUACUUGUAGCAGAGCUGUCUCUCUAAGCCAGUGGAAUGCUGUUUCAAAGUAAUUUGAAAUAGACUGGAAAUAAAACUGGAAAGUUCGUUCGAUUCGCGAAAGAACGAAAAAUGGCAAAGUUGUAUUUUUCAUUAUAUAGAUAGUACUCUUUGAACAUAGCCGAUCCUAGGUAGCAGGAUUUACUGGUCGCGUGUUACAUAAUUAUUAUGAAGCUAGUGUAUGGCUUUGCUCUGAGUGAGUCUUUCUGAAGCUUCACGGAUAAAGAGCCCACCUGUUGCUUAGGAUUUCAUAGAUGUUUGCAUCCUGUUGGGAACUCGAAAUGUUCGUUUUUCCGGCGCUAAUGACAUGACAUUAUUGGACGUUCCCUUUUAAAACGCGUGCCUUCCAAAUGGUGAAUUGGGAUAGUUGGGUUUACCCCUCGAACACUAUUAUACUCUAACUUGUUCCCAGAGCUUUUCCUUUGCUCACUAUUUAGGAGGUGUGGGACCUAGGAAAGAGGCUGUAUUCCCCUGUUCGCAUAUUCAUUUUGUCACUGAUCAUUGAAAAUUCCGCAUGAACCAAGGUCCUUAUUAUUGCCUUUCAGCUACCCACGUCAGAUAUAGGGGAAGCCUGUAUCAGUUUUACCAGAUGAUUUCCUGUGCAACCAAUAAUAAUCCUCUCAAAUACAAUAGCUAUGGCUGCUUCUGCCGACUCGGAUGCACAGGAACACCAGUGGACAACCUGGACAGGUAAACCUUUUUGGAGUAUCCCGUGCAUUUCUUUAAAUGAUUAUUAUCAUUUGUUUUUGGGGGGGCUUUGUUGAUUCCUUCAUCCACAUCAACAGCACUACGAAUAAGUCCUAAUUAGAAAAAGCUAAUCUUAAUUGCGUGAAGUGUCAGACGCUAUAUAUGCCAGUCAGGACAAUCGAGUCGAACCGGUGUGAUUACACAAAAUGUCCGCUUUUUUGGUGUUUCAUACUCGAAGCUACAUUCUUAAUCAACUUUAAUUUUUGCCUGCUACUCCUUCUCGUCUAGCUCUACAAUUGAGCAAGAGAGAUAGACUCUUAAAGCUUCCAUCUCGAUAUUAUCAGUAUAAAUUCAGACCGUUUUCUUUUUCAAUAUCUGAGGUGUUGUCAAAAGCACGAUGCAUGCUAUAGACAGAUCAACCUAGACAAACGCUGCAGAUUCCCUGGUACACUUACGUGAAAUCGUACGAAAGAAAGGAUUGUACAGGAUGUGGUAUGAGAAAAGCAUUCAGUUUUUUAAGUUUGUCCACAUCCACUCACACACCCCACUUACGAGGCAGCAUCUAGAGGUUACGUCUUUUAAGCCCAGUGCAAACGGACGCAACAUUGUUGGCCAACAACUCCCAACAUUAUUGGAUGUUACAUGUUGCGUCCGUUUGCACACCCAGUGCAUAGUUGGGAGUUGUUGCAUCCGUUUGCACACCACUGCCAACAAGCAGGCAACAAUUCCCAACAUUGUUGGCGCAACAAUGUUGGGAAUUGUUGCGUCCGUUUGCACGCAGCCUUAGGAUUUUGUGAAUCCCUCACAGGUAUCAAAGAAACGUUGACUUUGUCUAGUCCCUGUUCGACGUUUUCCCAGGCCCUCUCGCUCAAUUCAUUCGCCUGGACCACGUGGCCUGAAACACUUCAGCCGCGCGAAAUAAUGAUGCCUAGGGACAAGGGAAACGUUGAUCAAGGUGCGAACUAAGGUCAAGGACCUCAGUACCAUAAAUAGUUUUUCCUAACAGACCAAUCAGUGUCUACGUUCAUGGUUUUUCCCUCUUAAUUUUCAUCUGGUUGGAUCUAUCGGGAAGUAAGAGACUUGUCAGCAUAUCUCUUCGGAUCAGUAAAGCACACAACCCUGCUGGUACCCCCAAAACGCAGCGGAAUCAGUGAAUGCAAUUUUUGGACCUCAUGUGUUUUCAAAGCUACAACCGGGGACGGGAAUCUUGAGACAGUAUUCUCAAAUGGGUAGCUUUAGCCAACAAAACGACCCACACCCCUCCCAUCCACUCAGAGUCGUGAUUUUUGCUGCUUCUUACAGGUACCUCGAACAACGGCACAACAUUGCAUAGAUGGGGUGAGGGUGGUCAGAAAGGCUCUUUAAGGCAAAAUGUCGCAACUAAUCUUGUCGCCGAUUGUAGCUUGAAUGGUAAUGGAACCAAUGCCAAAACACAGUCAUAGACUCAGAAUCUACUAUAUUUCAGGCUUUCUUAGCUUGCAAAUGCUUACGUUGUUCACUUUAAGGUUUUGUUUAUUUGAAUUUUUGUUUUUUGCCCUUGCAGACUCUGUCAACGACGACUGCCAGAGUGCCAUCUGCAAAUGUGAUAGUGUUGCAGCACAGUGUUUCGCAAAAAAUAAGAUAAAUCCAGUGUAUGAAAAGUAUCCACAAAGGAAAUGCAAAUAA